AUGUCUGGAAAGUUUGAAAAUAACAAUAAAUGCAUCAUCCCUACUGCUAAAACAAGUGAAGCGUGGCGUCAAAAACAUUUAAAUAAUUUAAAAUUGGUGAAAAUUGAUCACGAUGUUAUUCUCACUGGAUCCUCCCUUAUUGCAGGAAUGUCAGGAGGCAUCCCAAUUGGAUCAAGUUUCAACAAGUUCAUGCUGCCAAUUUCGGCAUUGGAAACCGGCGAUAAAGUGGAAAAUGUUUUAUAUCGUAUAAAAACCGACGAAUUUUCGAAUCAGAAAUCUAAAAUACUGGUUAUAUUGAUAGGAACCAACAACACAGAACACAACAAACCCUAUGAUAUUUAUGAAGAAAUAAUGGUUAUGAAAAUUAAUUGUGUAUGCCUCAUUGAAGAAUUACUUCCGAAUGCCCACAUAAUUGUACCGACCGUGCUCCCGAGAGGAAAAAAACCAAAUGGCCAGCGCGAUUUCCUGCGGGAAAUCAAUACUCUAUUAACUAAUUAA